AUGGGAGAAGGAAAUCACUCAGAGGUGACUGAGUUCAUUCUUUCAGGACUGACAGAUCGUCUGGAGCUGCAGGUCCCUCUGUUUGUGUUGUUCCUGCUUAUUUAUGUUGUCACUCUAGUCGGGAACGGGGGGAUGAUCUUGUUAAUUAUGACUGAAUCCCGACUCCACACCCCCAUGUAUUUUUUCCUCAGGAAUUUGUCUUUCUCUGAUCUCUGGUAUUCCUCGACAAUUGGCCCCAAGAUGCUGCAGAAUUUCUUAGUGAAGACAAAAAGCAUUUCUCGCACUGCCUGUGCAGUGCAAAUGUAUUUAUGUUUCUUUUUUCAAGAUGUUGAGUGUCUCUUGCUGGCAGUGAUGGCCUAUGACCGUUAUGUGGCCAUCUGUAACCCACUGAUCUAUACAGUCACCAUGUCCAGGCAACUUUGUAACCAGCUAGUGGCUGGGGUGUGUGCUGUGGGGUUGGUGGACGCAAUGGUACACACAUGUCUGACAUUUCGGCUGUCGUUCUGUCACUCAAAUAUCAUCAGUCAUUUUUUCUGUGAUAUCCCUCCACUACUGGCGCUCUCCUGCUCUGACAUAUGCAUCAAUGAGAUUGUGAUGUUUUCCUUUGCAUGCUUCAUUAUGGUGAGCAGUGUUGUGACCGUCCUUCUGUCUUAUUUCUAUAUAAUUUCCACCAUCCUGAGGAUCCGCUCUGCCAAAGGUCGGCAGAAAGCCUUCUCCACCUGCACUUCCCACUUGUGCGCCGUGGCCAUGUUUCAUGGCACUCUUCUCUUUAUGUAUUUACGUCCAACCUCCAGCUAUUCCAUUGACACUGACAAAAUAGCUUCAGUGUUCUACACACUGGUGAUCCCCAUGUUGAACCCCCUCAUCUACAGCCUGAGGAACACGGAAGUGAAGGGCGCCCUGAGGAAAGCCAUAAAGAAACUCCUAAGGAUUUCUUGA